CAAAAGUUACCAGGGAAACUAAGUGCCACUUCCUAGACUAGCUCCAUGACCGAGUUUCUAAGCGCGUUCCCUGGCGCGCGUCCCACUGACACGUGCGCUUGUUUACGUUCCUGGCACUAGCCGUGACGUCACCCCCGGUCAGGAAAGUGUUUUGUUGAGUUCCCGGUGGAUGAAGCUGAUAAGGGAGGAGGAGGGGGUUACACAGGAGCGCGAGUCUUACAAAGGCCAUGACAGCGGUACACUGCAGCUUGAUUCAAAGGACAAAGAGGAGGAGAGAGAAGGGCCCGGCGGCUGUCAACAAAGCGCAUCACGUGACGUGCGAGCGAGACCGCUGAUGACAAUAGAAGGCAAAAGCGGCAGAGAUCCGGCAGCACCGAGAGUGCAGCACAGAGAGUGACAGGGUCCCAGAGAUUCCUCCGCCGCUAGCGCGGACGCACAAAAGACACCCCAAAAGGACCUAAUGCCGCAGCGGUAAGAGGAGGCUUAUACCGGAGCCAUGUCGUUCAGCCUGGAGGAUACGCUGGAGUCGGACUGGGUCGCUGUUCGGCCUAAUGUGUUUGAGGAGAAGGAGAGGCGCAAGUUCGUGUUUAUUGUGGCCUGGAAUGAGGUGGAAGGCAAGUUCGCCAUCACCUGCCACAACCGGACCGCGCAGAGGCAGCGCAGCGCAGAGAAGGCGGCGGGUCGGAGCCCGGCCAGACAACAGCAGCCGCGGUACAGCCCGACCGAGAGCCCCGCAAGGAAAGCCCGUGAGGAGCCGGAGGAGGGGGAGGACGAGGAGUGCAGCUGGGCCGGACUCUUCUCUUUCCAGGACCUGCGGGCCGUCCAUCAGCAGCUGUGCUCUGUCAACAGCGAACUGGAGCCCUGUCUGCCCACCUUCCCCGAGGAGCCCUCCAGCGUCUGGUCCGUACUUUUUGGGGCCCCUGAACUAAGCGAGGCUGAAGUGGAGGAACUGGGCCGCCUGCUGCGUCUCUACCUGGACCACGUGCUGGACACUUGCGGCUGGAAGAUCCUCUCACAAGUCCUGUUCGCUGACCCCGACGACCCCGAGGAGUAUUACCAGAGUCUCAGCGAGCUGCGUCACAAGGGCUACGAGGAGGGGCUUCAGAGGAACCGCAAGAGACUCCAAGAGUUGUUGGAAAAGCACAAAACCACAGAAGUGAUGGUGGACUUAUUGGACUUGUAUCAGCUGGAGGAUGAAGCCUACAGUAAUGUUGUAGAAGCAACCACCGAACUCUACCAGUACCUGCUACAGCCAUUCAGAGAUAUGAGGGAGCUGGCAAUGUUGAGGAGACAGCAGAUUAAGAUCGCAAUUGAGAAUGAUUACUUGGGUCCAAGACGAAUAGAGAGCCUUACAAAAGAAGAUGCUGACUGGCAAAAGAAAGCUCAUAUGGCAGUUCUUUCAAUUCAGGAUCUAACCGUCAAAUACUUUGAAAUAACAGCUAAAGCUCAGAAAGCUGUGUUCGCUCAGAUGCGAGGAGACCAAAAAAAGUUUGGAAAGACGGCCUGGGCUGCGGCAGUUGAACGUGUGGAAAAGCUUCAAUAUGGUGUUGCUAAAGAAACCUUGCAACUGAUGCGAGCAAAAGAAAUCUGUUUAGAGCAACAGAAGCAUGCCCUGAAAGAUCAGAUGCAGAGCUUGCAGGGCGGAACAGAGGCCAUUGCCGUCCUAGAUGAAUUAGAAGCCGACUAUUAUGAUCACCAGCUCCAGUUAUAUGAAGUGCAGUUUGAGAUCCUGAAGUGUGAAGAGCUGCUGCUAACCGCUCAACUGGAAAGCAUUAAAAGACAAAUAUCAGAAAAAACAGACGAAGUGGUUUAUUAUGAUACAUAUGAAAGCAUGGAGGCAAUGCUGGCAACUGAAGAUAUGGCAGCUUCUAUCCUUUUACAAAGGGAAGAGUUGCAUAAACUUCAGCUGAAAGUGCGUCAGCUGGAAGCCAAGCGUGGCCGCAUUUCAGCCAAAAAAGCCUACCUCAGAAAUAAAAAGGAAAUUUGCAUUGCAAAACACAGUGAAAAGAUCCAGCAACGUCUUGAUAGUGAUUCAGAAUACAGAGUGCAUCAUACUGCACAGCAAAAGCGAGACAAGCAGCAAGAUGAACAGGAACGGAAAAGCACAUGGGUUAGUCAAGAACGUCAGAAAACACUGGACAGGCUGCGCACCUUUAAACAGCGCCAUCCUGGACAAGUGGUACUGAAAUCGACUAGGUUGCGUUUUUCUCAUGAAAGAAGAAGCACAAUACGUACAGCCUACUCUGCUGACGCACCACAGUCUCUUUCUGUUAGUAUCCAGACACAAGGAUUAUCAGACUUUGGAGACACUGAAGUGUUACAGCCCAGAAAGACCCAGAAACCAGAAAACACAACACAGCUUGAAGACAGUUCAUUACCUCCUAAUGCCAUUACCUCCGAAUUGCCUCUAAUGACUUCUCUUCCUACGUUUACCCAUGAAAAACUUGAAAUCAGUACUUUACAGCCAAGCUCCUUGCCUGUGUCACCUCCUCCACCACCUCCUCCACCUCCUCCUCCGCCACCUCCACCCGCUUCUAAGCAAGAUACUGACACAUUAGACAUAAGAGUUAUUCAUGUAAAGAAAGUGACGGAGGAAAAGGAGGGCACUAAGCCUGGAUCGGGCCCAUUGCCACAAUUAUUUGACAGCAGUCAACUUCUCAAUGCACGGAAGAGGCUGAAGAAAACAGGGGCACUGGAAGGCAUACAAAGUAGGAGAGUAAGCUCGCCAAUGGAUGAAGUUCUCGCUUCUCUAAAACGUGGGAGUUUCCACUUGAAGAAAGUGGAGCAGAGAGCAAUGCCACCUUUUCCUGAUGAGGAUGAAAGCAAUAACAUUUUGGCUCAAAUCAGAAAGGGGGUUAAACUGAAGAAAGUUCAGAAAGAGGCGUUAAGAGAAUCAUUCACCCUUCUCCCUGAUACUGACCCACUAACUCGCAGCAUUCAUGAAGCACUGAGGCGCAUAAAGGAAGCAUCUCCGGAAUCAGAGGAUGAAGAGGAGAGUUUGCCUGGCACUGAAUGGGAGAACUAAACGAUAGGAGAAUGAAGCCAACAGAUUGUGGGGGAGCAGAUCUGCACAGGAAAUGCUGUACUUUAUAUUGGAGAACAGAGGACUUUGUAAUCGCCGUGGGAAAAAAAGUAAAUGUGGACCGUCAGUGCUGGAGUAGUGAAUUUAGUACUAGACCAUUCACACAGAAUUGCUGAAGCUCUCCUUGCAUCCGAAGCACUUUUUAUUUUUUUUAAAUUUAGCUUAAAAUGAUUGGCCAGUCAUAGGGUAAGGGUAUUUUUAUGAGCACUACACUGACCCCCUUUAUUUUUUGAAGUUGCAUAGUAUGGAGGACUAUAUAUCAUUGCACUGAAUCCAUUUUAAUCAAAGAAUUUGUCAAGGAAAGCCUGCUCCAGGCAUCUUCAGCUUCCUUCACUGCAAACUCUGUACAAUAACAGCAGGUCGUGCCCUGGAUGCGAGUGACCUUUAUUUCAACAAGAGGUCAACGGUAACCACAUCACUGAAUACCUCUCCUGAAUAUCAAUUGCCCACGUUUCAUUUGCAUUCCGCUGAAAGCAUGUGCUCGUUCACUUCCAGGACUCUUGUGGCUUUUGGGGAUGUACUCCUCCCAAUAAUUAGAUUUAGCCGCUCACAGAUGCUAUAAAAAAAAGUUACCAAAUAUACAGCGUGGUAAUGAGCAAGUAGGUUUGUCUUUUUACUUUUGAUUUUAUCAGUUUAAUUUUUUUUUAAUUA